CCCUUCAUCUGCAGACUGCUUAUCCUGUUGAGACACCUCCUUGUCUUUUGUCUAUUCAAACAGGCUCUCAGCAGCUGUUCCAAAUACUGAACAGAAGCUAACAGUGUAGAAAUGGAAAAGGGAUAUUUUAGGAACAGUCAAGAGGAUUUCUACAAAGGUCCAUAUCUAAAUGUCUUUAAGAAACAGUCUGGAGUGAUGGACUUUCCAGACUUUUCCCCGUUGUCAUCACUGAGAGAAGAGUUUAGAUUAGAGGAUUAUAUCCAGCCUCACUAUAAGGAAUCAUAUCGCUUGGCAAUUGAUUGCUUGGUGCAAGAUGGCAGGAAUGGUUACCAUGAUUUCCUGAAGGGAGAACAAAUUGGGAGCUUCCUCUCAGAAGAUGAAAUCCUCUUUAUCACAGCAAACGCGGAACAGCUGCCAUCACAAAACCAUACAGAGGAAGUCACAAGUCUACCAGACACCCACUCAUCCUCAGGGACCUACUGGCCCACACACUCAGAUGUGGAAACCCCAAAUUUGGAUUUGGGGUGGCCGGAGGUUCUGCAUGAAAACCCCCAGACAAAUAUAGAUCUACUCUUUCACCCUCCUAGACUGAACAACCUGACUAUAAAAGAGGUGAUCCGGAAGCAUGUCCAGGAUGCAAGACAGGUCAUUGCUAUUGUGAUGGACGUGUUCACUGAUGUGGAUAUAUUCAAAGAAGUUGUGGAUGCUUCUAUACGAGGAGUCCCAGUCUAUGUGCUUUUGGAUCAUUUUCAUUUGAAAAGUUUCCUUAAAAUGGCUGAAAACCAAGAUGUCAAACUUCAGCAGCUUAGAAACAUGAGGGUGCGCACUGUGAAAGGUCAGGAUUACCUCUGUCGAUCAGGAGAUAAAUUUCAUGGAGCCAUGGAGCAGAAGUUUGUUUUAGUCGACUGCUGCACAGCAAUUUAUGGAUCAUACAGCUUCACUUGGUCUUUUGAGAAGAUCAACCUGAGCAUGGUUCAGGUCAUCACAGGCCACCUUGUGAAAUCAUACGAUGAGGAGUUUCGAACGCUUUACGCUCGGUCAACAGCACCAGCUGACCUGAGUCCCCCAGAAGGUUUAUUUCAACACAACAGACGUCAUGGGCAACAAAGUUUGCCAAAAUCUUAUUCUGCUGGUCCCUUUGCCAAAACUGAGCAAAGGGACCAGCUCAAAGAAUCCUUGGACACUGUCUAUAAAAAAACCUGUGAGAGAAAACUUGGCACAUGGGACUUGAAAGAGAGGCUUCUCGAGGAGGAAAGUAACACAUUUGAGCCCUUGAUUGGGAAUGACAUUAGUCUUCGAGGUCAGAUACCCCAAUUCCACCAGUUUCAAUCUGCAGAAGCAAUGAAUUUUUUGAAAAGACACAGCUAUGCUGGGGAGGCACAAAAUACAUACACCCCAAGAAACAUCAGACAAAGAGCAAGCAACUGGAAUGUCUCUAGAGAUGCAGGACAUGGACAAAGCAACUAUAAUACGGAUUGCUAUUUGCAAGUGCCCCAAAUGUACAGAGGUCAAAACAUGCGUCAGUCUUACAACGGCAAUGACAAACAGUUCCUCUCCAUGCAGCAGGACAUACCAACAUUGGAGAAUACAUCCAAGUCAUUCAUGCGCACAUGGAGGAUAGAAUCUUACCUUAAAAACCCAGAUGCUCCACUAGCAGAGUCUUGUGACUAUUUGGACCAGUUCGAAUCCCAGGAUAAACCUAACUCCUUCAUGCAGGGAAGGAUGAGGAACUCUUUUGUGUUCAGGUCCACUAUACCAGAACAAAUAGAACCACAUGGUCACGCAAACACCUCCACAGUUGUUGGCCCCUUAGCAGCACCCAACGCACCUUUGCACUACUCAUCGAUGCAGUGGAAUCCUGCAGUCAGUGCUGAGAACAGAGCAAAUACUGAUGAGUUCAUGUUAAAGAGGCAAAGUCUACAGAUUUUGGAUGACAUUCACAGUAACACGGGCUUUGGUUCUGGUAGAAACUCUUACCACCUUGGAUAUGCCAGUUUAGGCAGAGCUAAACGUGGACAGGUAAUCACAAACCCUGAUAUGCUGACAGACAGCUGGCACAAAAGGCAUAGUGUGGCAGACCCACACUCAAACAAUGAGCUGACACAUGACUCCUUAGGACACAUGUCUGGACCUUUUGCACAAGUAAACAGAAGCACAGCAGAGACCAGUGCACAGAAUGGAGGAUAUGGAUUGAAUCUGAAUGAAGAUCAGAGAUCUGUCUCCCAUUAUGAUGUAAAGAGCAUUGCAGACACUACUAGAACGCACAUUUGGCAGAAGCCUCCUUCGAGGACUGUUUCUGCAGCAGCCCUGGACUUAAAUAGCAAGGAUUUGAAAAAUAAAACUAACAGCACAGGCUCUCAGCAUUUUCUCAAAAAGAGCUCAAACAAAAUAAAAUCGUUGUUAAACAUACCAGAGAAGAAAGAGGACUCCAUCAGAACCACACAGUCACCAAGUCUCACUUCAGCUGGAAGCACGGACACCAUAACGGCUGAGGAGGAGGAGGAGAAACCAGCAUAUGGGGGGCAAAAACUUCACCAAAACAAAACCAGCUCCAGGUUUUCAUCAGAGCGGCACAAAAGCAGUGCAGAGGAAGACCAUCUAAAAUCUUCAAAACCGCGAUUCAAAACUGAGGAACUUCCACAUUCACUGUCAAGCUCUCCCCCGAAGACCACCACGCCCAAAAAACCCUCCAUUCAUGACAAAAGCUUGAGAUCUGGAGCCGAGAAUCGCCUGUACAGCAGAUUUGAGCCUUUCUGCUCCUUUGAACGGAAACAGCCUCCACUCACAAAUUCAGCACACUUACAUUCUCAGGAGAAAACCAAAAGCCUUCCGAAAGGUGAAGCUACUGUUCAGCACAGCGCUGCCCGGGCUGCACGAGGGCACCAUGAGAACAAGCUGGAGAAAUUCAUUCACAGAGUGGGAAACUUGAUCCACAAGAACAAGUAGUGAUUGCUGCAUCACCAGGACACAUAAGCUGCACAGGUCAUGUAUUACUAAUGCACAUUUGAGUGGCGUAGUGGUGGUCUUUUAUGUAUUAACUUUGCCAACAGAGUUUACAUUUUUAACUUCUACAUUUUUAUAGCUUUAAUCUUAAAAGGAGAUCUGGACUUUAUGAAAAGUAAAGAUAGAUGUAAAGUUAUUAUCACUUUGUCCCUGUAAAGAUAUUGUGAUGGUAAACAUAAUCAGUGGAUGUGUUAUCUUAUGAACAAAUGUUUUGAAUAAAUAUACCAAAGUGUGAAUCAAGAAAGUUGAUGUGGUUGAGUGUUAGCAGACAACUAAUUUGUCACUAUAAUAGACAUAGACUAUAUAUAGAAGAUGGGCACAUGAAAAGUACAGCCUGUAAGUGCCAAAACAUUGGACUGUAUCUGAUAGGAACCUAUUUGGAUAGAAAAUACAAGCCAGGUUGCAUAUAAUUCUGUGAGAAAAUAUAUAAAUUGAUUUAGUAUGCAUAUUCCUAAGGAGUCUAUGUUAUGGUUUAUUGUAUUUUAAUACAGUAUAAUAUUUAUUCUAAACUAUGGUCCCACUUUGUUUUACAUAGAUAAUACAUGAGUGUAUGCUUCAGGGCAGUGGUUCUUUACCUUUAUUCAUGGAGACCCCCAAACUGCAUGUAUAAAAAUAACCUUUCCAGCCUGAUAUUAUGGGGAUGUCAGGUGUGAUGUUUCUAAAAUUCUACUUAAUUUAUUCUUUAAUAUUAAAAGUGCUAAAGUCUGCCUAUGUAGUACUAGGUCACAGAAUAAACUGGAACUGCUUGAUCAAUCUUUGUGUAACAGCACACUGUGAGAAACAUAUUACUUAUUGUUACAUUGAGGACACUUGUUUGUCUCCUGAAGUGAAUGUGUUUGUGAAAUACACUUUUAAUAAGAAAAUGCAUCUGUCAGCUGUUUGUACAAAGCUGUAGAUGUGCUCAUGCGGUGGAAACAAUCUUGCAUCUCCUUUGCAUAAAAACCAUUUGCAUGUAGACAUCAACUCUUAUAAUGUUCUAAAUUAAUUUGAAUAAAACUUUGAUCACAUUCAUUAAAUAGUUGUUUUCUAUUCUGCAAUACCUUAAAACACACAAUCAACAUAUAGCAAUACGGCGAGGCUUCAUCUUCAGGCUUUAGAUAAUCCAGUAAAUGUGCUAAGAUUGUGUACAUAUGCAAAUCUAAUUUUUACAAACCUUGUAAAGUGAGGGUCUCCCACACCCCCUGUGGUCUUUGGCGCCCCCUUAGGGUGCAAGGAACUCAGAUUAAGAACCACUGUGCUAAGGCAUGGCAAAUUUGUCAAACUUUGAAUACACUUUACCAAUAAAUUCAUUGGGAAAUUCUGUUUAAACUUUACACUGGUAGUGCAUCUCAUACUAAUUCUGUGUAGGAUCUAUAUACAAUUUUUAUUCAUUUUAAUCAUAAGAUCAGGCCAUUGACAGAUUUAUGGGUCAUUUCUACUGAUCCAGGGGUCCACAUGCUCACGUAGUUGCACCUUUAACAUUGAAAUUUGGAUUUGAGCCAUGUCUGGCUUUGGUAAAUGUACCGUCAAGCAACUAAAAAUCUUUUUUAGGUCACCUUAAGGUCACCCAAAAUCUUAAAAAAAAAAAAAAAAAAAAAGACAUAGAUAAAAAAUAGCAUUUGGAUUUACAUUGAUACUUAUUUGCUGUGGACACUAGAGGUGUCUAAAGUUCUCAAUCAGAUCCACAACUUCCGCUAAAAUUUUAAUUUGUAUUCCACAAGUCAGACCUAGAUAACACGUCUUUAGUUGGUUAGAUUUAAUCAUUACGAUCACAAUUUCUUAAAAUUAAAGCUUUUGCCUCCUUCCUCGUGCACUGGGUCUGUCUGUGUUUCUAAUAAAAAUAAUUUUUUUUUUAAACAUCUAUUACGUUCAAAACAAAAUGAUUUAAAGCAAAAUAAUGGACUUAUGUCAAAAUUCCCAAAUGUUUAGAGCCUAUCAGAUUACACAUUUGUUCUCUGGUCUGCGGCAGACGGAAAUGCAGUAUAUAACCUGGUUUCUGUGUAUAAUUCUCAUACAUAAAAACUAUUAAUGAUGAUUAUUAAUGUCUAGUGAAUCCGAUUAAGAAAUGCACGUUAUGAAAAUAAAUUCACCAGCACAAGAGCAAAGAAAAAGUGAUUUCCUUUAGCCAGCCUAAUUUGUUAACUGCUUAAACCUUUAAUAGUAAUAAUUAGCUAAACACAUAUCUUCUGCUGCAACUCAUUAUUGAAAAAGUAGUAACAAAGUCAGAGUAAUUUCAUUAAAGACAAAGACUAUAAUGGAGUAAUACAGGUAAAACAAGUGAAUAGAUUAAAAGUAGAAGACUCAAAAUUAGACGUCAACUUAAACGUAUAUAUAUACAUACUCACAUCUUUUUUGUCAAUGAUAAACCCUUUGAGCUUUCUUACAGCCUCAGUUUUCUAUUCUAAUAUCUCUGAAGUGAUUACAGACCUGCAAUUUGUGAAGAUUAGUUUGAAUCCCUGUAGAAAUUUAAUCCUUCAGAGCUAGAAAAGUGCUUCACAAC